AUCUUUCUUUCAAUUGAAAUAAAAAACCAAUCUUUCUUUCUCUCUCUAAAAAAAACAAGAAAUGGGUAACUAUUUGUCAUGCACUUACAUCUCUCCAAAAAUGAGGAUACCAAAAGCAAUCCGCGUGAUUCUUCCCGGCGGCGAAAUCAGGCAGUUCCGGCAGGUCAUGAAGGCGGCGGAGAUGAUGGUUGAAUUUCCAAGUUUCUUCUUGGUCAACUCUAGGUCGUUGACUAUUGGCCGGAGAUUUCAGCCGCUGGCGGCGGAUGACGAUUUACAGUUUGGUAAUAUCUAUACAAUGUUUCCCAUGAGAAGGGCACAUUCGAUGGUUAUGGCAGCUGAUAUGGCCGUGUUUUUCAUGGCCGGAAAUGCACCGGCGAAGAGGAUAUUGGGAAAAGUGUCGCCGGAGACGGAGGUGGUGGCGGCGCCGGAGAAGGAGGAGGAAGUUAGUCAGCCACGGCUGAGCUUGGAUGGAUGUGAGGGGUUUCCGAUGCCGGAGUUAAAGUAUAAAUUGGCCAUGUGUAGAUCAAGAAAACCUAUGUUGGAUACAAUUACCGAAGAACCCAUCCGAUCUAGGUGAUGUUUGUUUAGAUGUAAGGGUAAAAGAGGGAAAAAAAUAUAGAAUUCUAAGUUAUGGUUUUUAAUUUUUGUUUGUUUUCAUUCAAUUUUAAGAAGACAAAUUCAAUGUCACACACAUAUAUAUAUAUAUAGUUGUUAAUUGAAGGGUAUUCUAUGGUUAU